GUGUGUGUGAAUGUUUGUGUGUGUGUUUGUGUGUGUGUGUGUGUGUGUGUGUGUGUGUGUGUGUGCGUGCUUCUGCAGUCUCUCUGGGUCCUAAGUGCAGGGUAGAGGGGCAGAGAUGUUUAACUCCGUGAGCCUAAGUAACCUCUGCUCCCAGUCGCGCAAGGACAGGCCAGCCAUGUACCUGCCCGGCUGCGCGUACUACUUGCCCGAUUUCGGCGCCGUCCCGCCGUUCGUCCCGGCCCGCCAAGUCGCCUACCCGCACGCGUCCGGCAUCCCCCAGGUCCAGGCGGCGAGGGAAGCUUCGUACGGCUUGGAAGCGGCCGAUGAUUCAAUGCGCCGGGAGGCGCUGAUGCAGUCGCCGCCGCCGCCGCCGCCGCCGCCGGGUCUCCCGCCGCCGGGACCCCCGCCGCCGCCGCCGCCGCCGCCGCCGUGCUCCGUCGCUGGCAUGUUCCUGAGGAGCGAGAGAGCCGUACUGCCGCAAGCCUUCGACCGCUUCUUCGACACGGCGAACGGCGGGGCCGCCUUGACCGUCCAACACCCGGCGGCGGCGGCGGCGGCGGCGGCGGCGGCGGCGGCGGGAAAACUCUGCCCCCACAAGGGCGACCAGGCGGACACGGGGGCGGCUCCGGUCCCGUCAGGGGGUCAAGAGGAGAGAGCGGCAGCGGCGGCGGCGGCGGCGGCGGCGGCUCCCGGUGAUACGGUGGAAAAUAGCGGCAGCAAUCCUAGCGGACUUCGCACCAGGAAGAAGAGGUGCCCUUACACCAAAUUUCAAAUCCGGGAAUUAGAGAGGGAGUUCUUCUUCAAUGUUUACAUCAAUAAAGAGAAGCGGCUGCAGUUGUCAAGGGUCCUGCACCUGAGCGACCGGCAAGUAAAAAUCUGGUUUCAGAACAGGAGGAUGAAAGAGAAGAAAUUGAACAGAGACCGUCUGCAGUACCUCUCAGGAAACCCUCUGUUGUGA